UCCUUCAUGGCCGAGACGACCUCCUGACAUGGGAGGGUUCCUGUCAUCGAUUGAAGGAACUGAGCGGAGAGGGAGGAAGCAUUUGUACGAUCCGCCAUCAGGAUAUAUGCCGCCAAUCAACAGGGAACAGGUCUGGAAGUCGACGAGCAAGUUUGUGCAAGAACCGAAUAGAAUCAGCAACCAGAAGACAGGCAGAAAGUUUGUGGAAAAUUUUGCUCAACAGAAUCGGGUUGAAGAUUUGGGUUGGACUGGUAACUUCAACAACUACACGGGCCCUCGCCACUAUGAUCCAAAGCCGACGACUCUUCAUCCUGAUGACAAAUCCAAGUCUUUCUAUGUAGAAAACAUGAUGGGAACGAAGAAGGUGGUCCUCUCGAAGGAUAUGGGAUUGAAACUGUACUACGACGAUGGGGAAAGGCGGUGCGAAAGACCAGCCACGGAGUGGUCUCUUGAAUCACUGAUACAGCGAAAGAUUAGAGUCCCAGAUCUUGAAGAUAGACGAAAUGGCAUCGGAGUUGCAAAUCCUGGCGACAAAGGUUAUGGGACAGCGGAUCAUGCGCCCGAGUAUGCAGCCAUGUUGUUGGAAGAGAACAUGAGAAGGGGAAACAUGUCUAGAAAGGUGAUGAGUACCAUAGGAAAGUCCUGGUCGCAGUCAUCUUCCGAUGUGAACUUGGAUAAGAAGGGACGCAGAAUGAGCGAUUACAUUCAGAUCUACUGCAAAACUCCUUACCGGAAGAACUCCAUGUACAUUCAUCGAAAUGCAACGACCAGCGAAAUAGCGGAUCUGGCGGGAGAGGGAGGAUCUCGGAAAUUUCAUAUUCUUUUCAAGGGCAAGAUAGUCCAACCACAUCAUCGUCUACUAGAGCUGGGAAUUCGUGCCAAGAGCACCGUCGAGCUGAUCCUCGAGCCCGAGCCGACUGAGCACAAGAUGACAUACGUUGAGAAAGAGAACCUGCGGAGGAUUGAGGAAGAUGUAGAGACAGUUAAGGAGCUGACAGCAGCAGAGUCAAGAUUUCCAACGUCCCAGGAAGAGAAAGAGGACUGAUAGAGUACAUAUAAUUGAUGAUUUGGUUUAGUUAAUCACAGCUCUUU